AUGGUAAUUGUUACCAAGACCGAUGCGACAGAAGCAGAUGUCAAUGCUGUUGUAAAACGGAUCGAAGGUGCAGGAUUGAAAGCCCAAGUCUCAGUCGGCGAGAGACACACUGUCAUCGGUGUCAUAGGAGAUAAAACAGUGCUUGGUGAUAUUCCGAUAGAGUCAAUGUCCGGUGUUGAUCGAACGAUGCCAAUUACGGCACCGUUCAAAUUGGCAAGCCGUGAGUUUCGGAAUGAACCGACGGUUAUUGCAGUCAAUGACACAAAGAUUGGUGGACGGCAGGUGCCUGUCAUUGCCGGUCCGUGUGCAGUAGAAAGCACGGAACAGAUCGUAACCAUUGCUCAACAGGUUAAGAGUGCCGGCGCGAGUUUCAUCAGAGGUGGAGCCUUUAAACCGCGGACGGGUCCGUAUAGUUUCCAAGGUUACGGUGAAGAGGCUCUCAAAAUGCUGGAAGCGGCGAAAGCCGAAACCGGGCUCGGCAUCGUCACCGAGGUCAUGACCCCGCACGAAGUCGAACUCGUUGGUGAAUAUACAGAUAUGUUCCAACUCGGCACGCGGAAUAUGACGAAUUUCUAUCUGUUGCGUGAAGUGGGGCGUGCAAAUAAGCCUGUCAUUCUCAAACGCGGAAUGUCCGCGACGAUUGAGGAAUGGCUCCUUGCCGCCGAAUAUAUCCUCGCUGAAGGAAAUCCCGAUGUCAUUCUCUGUGAGCGCGGCAUUCGGACUUUUGAAACGCACACCCGCAACACACUUGAUCUGAACGCCGUACCAGUUAUUCACGAAUUAAGCCAUCUGCCUAUUGUUGUUGAUCCGAGUCACGGCACGGGUAUCCGGAGUCUCGUAUGUGAUAUGACAAAGGCAUCUGUGGCGGCUGGGGCUGAUGGAUUGCUACUUGAAGUACAUCAUGACCCAGACCAUUCAAUGACGGGAGAUGGCGCGCAAUCGCUGUUCCCAGAUCAAUUCGAGACCCUGAUGCGGGAACUGAAACCGAUUGCCAUCGCUGUCGGUCGUGAAAUGUAA